AUGAGGUGGCAGCCCCACCAGGACACUCAGGGGCUGUGGGCUGAUAACCCACACCACCAAAAAACACAUAUGACAGAAACUAAAAGGAGAAACAGCCAGAUGGAUCUUAAGGAUAUGACAUUUGGCCUGAAAAGGAAAACCCGUAUCGGAUUUUGGAAUGUAAGGAUGUUGAGAGAGGCAGGGUGGCUAAGACAGGUUCAAAAAGAGAUGGAGAACUAUCAACUAGAUAUAUUGGGACUAAGUGAAGUAAGCAAGAAGAGCUUACUGGAGUGGAAACCAGUCUCAGAAUGGAUAAUAACUGUACGCUUUAAAACAAAUGUGCGAUAUGUCACUGUAAUUAAAUGCUAUGCACCUACUGAAAUAGCUAAAGGAGAAUUAAAAGAUGCAUUUUAUACAGAGCUUCACGGAGUCCUUAGACAAACAAAUUCUAGGGACAUAAAAAUGUUAAUGGGUGACUUGAAUGCAAAAGUUGGUCCAGAAAAUGAAGGGCUUCAACAUAUUAUGGGCAUGCAUGGCAUGGGGAUCAGGAAUGUAAAUGGUGAACUGUUGAUAGAUACAUGUGCUGAACAUGACCUAGUCAUUGGAGGCACAUUGUUUCCAAAUCAUAACUGCCAUAAGAUAAUGUGGGUUUCUCCAGACCACAUUACCAAAAAUCAAAUAGACCACAUAGUCAUAAGCCGCAAGUUCCGACACUCUCUGUUAGAUGUCAGAAAUAGAAGAGGGGCAGACGUUGGAAGUGACCACCAACUAGUUUUGGUGGAAUUCAGACUGAAGAUAGUGGCAAAUAGAACCAAGCUCAAUCACAGGUGCAAGAAAAUAGAUGUGGCAAGGUUAAAAGACCAACAGAUCAAAGAAACAUUUGCCCUUGAACUAAAAAACAGAUUCCAGGUCCUCUCUGAAGAAAACCUUAUGGAAGAGGGAAUUUAA